UUUAUUUUUAUCAAAAAUCACUGUUCGCUGAUAAAAUAAAAACGAAAUAAAGUGAAAAUGCUUCGACGAAGUAAUAAUUAAAAGGUAUUAAUCCAUUAUUAAAAUGUAUUCCGACGAUUCGGACGAAGAAUACAAUGAGAACACCUUCUACCACCGGAAAUAUCGCCUGCUAUCAGAGAAAUGCGAAGUAAUCCAGCAGAAUAACGAAAUGCUAGUACACAGAUUACAAAAAAUGAAUAAACUGCUGCGAAGAGUACGCAAACAAAGAGUAUUCCUAAUGAAUUGGUUAGAUCGUUACCACGAUGACUGGCGAAACGCGGAUUAUCCAUUAGAUAUAGGUAUAGAUGAUUCCGGAACGUACGUAGAUUUACUUCAGAACCAAGAGUACUUCGAUAGAUCACCGCUUUUCACUACUAAAAAAGCAACAUCGACGACUCCAGCGGCCAAAGCUAUUCCGGAGAAACGAGUGCGAACGAAAUCCGGUAAACGUAGAGAAGGUCGAGGAGAAAAAGAUCCGAAUGCUCCGAAACGUCCGGCUAAUCCUUUCUUCCAGUUUUGUCAAGAGCAAAGACCAAUAGUUCUAGAUCACAUGAUAAUGCAAGGAAAAGGCGAACCGUCCAAACAAGACUUGACCAAGCAAUUGGCUGCGAAUUGGAAUGUUUUGUCGAGGAAGGAUAAAAAGGUGUAUUAUGAUAAAUAUAUGAAAUCCAAAGAACAAUAUAUUGCCAAUAUGGAACAGUACACGAUGAAUAAAGUGAAACUGAGCCAAGAUGCAGCUAAUAAAAAUAUGUGAUAAUUUUAGCGUUCCCAUUUGUAAAUAAUAUUCUGUAAAAAGAACGAUGUUCGAAUUGAUCGUAGUGUACUCAUUUUUAUAUUAUUUUAAACGUAAUAAAUUUUUUCUCUUUUUUGAA